AUGGGCAAUUUGGGAGAUGGGGGCAUGAAGGCCGUGAUCUGGACCGAUGUGUUCCAGAUCGUGGUCAUGCUGGCGGGCUUCGUCGCCAUCUUCCUCCACGGCUUGCAGUUCUGAAUUACAGGCGGGCGUGGCGGUACUGGGGUCGCCAGAAAUGGAUCACGCAUUAACUUCGAUGACUUCAGCCUCGACCCGCGGCAGCGCUACAGCUUCUGGAGCCUGUCGGUGGGAGGAGCUUCAGUCUGGUUGUCCAUGUACGGAGUCAACCAGGCGCAGGUGCAGCGCUACAUCGCCUGCAGGACGGAGAGAGACGCCCAGUGGGCGCUGCUGGUCAACCAGCUGGGUCUGUGCCUCCUGGUCGGCAGCGCUGCAACUUGCGGCAUCGUCAUGUUCGCUUAUUACAUCGACUGUGAUCCCUUGAAGUCCGGAAGCAUCUCGGCCCCGGACCUGUACAUGCCGUACUUUGUGUUGGACAUAUUCAGAGACCACCCCGGGUUCCCAGGGCUGUUCCUGGCCUGUGCGUACAGCGGGACUCUGAGCACGGCCUCCACGAGCAUCAACGCCAUGGCUGCCGUGACGAUGGAGGACCUGCUGAAGCCUCGCCUGGCCCUCCUGACGCAGGAGGAGCUGAUCCUGGUGUCUCAGGGCCUGUCGCUCCUGUACGGGGGGAGCUGCAUCGCGGUCGCUGCUCUCGCCUCCUUCCUGGAUUGGGGAGUUCUUCAGGGCUCCUUCACCGUGAUGGGCGUGGUCAGCGGGCCGCUGCUCGGCGUCUUCGUUCUGGGGAUGUUCGUCCCGGCAGCCAACCGGCCGAUGAGGGGUGAGUGGUGUGGAUAG